AUGGGUGUGCGGUCAACUUCUCAAGAGAUUAACAGAGAGACGAAAGAGAGAAGGUCUCAUUCUAGCUCUUCCUCUACAAGUCUAGUGACAUCUCUGAUGAAAUCUUGGAGGAUCUCGUCUUCCUCUAGUUCAAGUUCAUCGAGUAAACCUUCCAACAAAUCAUCUCAAUCCUUUUCUGGAAACCCAACUACAGGGACAUAUAACGAUACAAUGAACAAUAAUCUUACUCAGACGAAUGAUGGUCAUUCCAAUCAACUUCGUAGCAGCAAUGAACAUCGACUUUAUUCUCUCUCAAGAACAAAUAGUUCCGAUGGUAAUUUUGAUGCAAUGUCAAAACAACAGAAUAGUACAACGAAAUCUAUAACGUCACCAGCUAAAACAUAUUCACCAUUGAGAUACGCAAGCCCAUCGUCUAAUCAGAUUGAAAGUCCGAGAGCAUCCCUUCUAAGACAACAGCAUAACAAACAUUCUCAUCAUAAUCAAAUAUACUACCAACAUAAUAACAAUAGUACCAUUAGUGAACAUUCAACCCAUAAGAAAUCCAGUGACAAAUAUUUCGAGGAUCUAGAUGAAGAUUGGAGUGCAGUGAUAGAUAAUUAUAAUAUGCCAAUUCCAAUGUUAACCAAUGGAGGUAAUGGAAAAUCAUCGACUUCUAAUAAUAAUAACCAACAACAUAAUGACCCCAGAAACAAUCUUUCAAGGACCUCAACAGCAUCGUCCGUAGCAACGAGUAUUACCUCAACUACAAUGACACAGGGCCAGUCCUUACAAUAUCCACAAUUACCAAACCUUAAUACUAUGGAGGCUAUAGAAUUAGAAAAAAGUCAAGAAGAGAUAGAAAAUGAACGCGAAGUACAGGAAUUAAACUCAAUAAUGCAAAGAAUAACUAAAUUUGAUAAUAUUAUCAAGGGCAAGAAUGUUAUCAACUUACAAGAACUACGGCAAUUGAGUUGGAAUGGUAUACCCAAACCUCAUAGACCCAUAGUUUGGAAAUUAUUAAUUGGUUACUUACCAGCAAACACUAGAAGACAAGAAUCUCUAUUAAAAAGGAAGAGACAGGAAUAUACAGAAGGUCUGAAGCAUACUUUUUCAGAUGAACACUCUAGGGAUAUUCCAACAUGGCAUCAGAUAGAAAUUGAUAUCCCCAGAACAAAUCCUCAUAUUCCAUUGUAUCAAUUUAAGUCUGUCCAUGACAGUCUUCAGAGAAUAUUAUACCUUUGGGCAAUCAGACACCCAGCUAGUGGUUAUGUUCAAGGUAUAAAUGAUUUAGUAACACCUUUUUUCCAAACCUUCUUAACUGAAUAUCUACCACCAUCUAAAAUUGAUACUGUGGAAGUUGUUGAUCCAGACACAUACCUGACUGAGGAUCAAAAGGAAAACUUAGAGGCAGAUACAUUUUGGUGUCUAACGAAAUUUCUGGAACAGAUCACUGACAAUUAUAUUCAUGGACAACCAGGUAUUCUAAAACAAGUAAAAAAUUUAGGUCAAUUAGUGAAAAGAAUUGAUUUUGAUCUAUAUAAACAUUUCCAAAAUGAACAUGUGGAGUUUAUUCAAUUCGCAUUUAGAUGGAUGAAUUGUUUAUUAAUGAGAGAAUUUCAGAUGGAUACCGUUAUUAGAAUGUGGGAUACAUAUCUUGCUGAGACAUCACCAGAAACUACAUCAAGUUUCGCGACCUCGAAUCAAUCGAAUUCAAGCAACGAUGGCGUAUUGUCACCACACACACCUGUUUCAAGAAAACCACCUACCUUUGGAACACCUAACAUAGACCUCGCAUCACCAGCAUCAUCAGCUAGUAGAUCAAAUAUGACUACCCAAACAAAUGCAUCUCCAGCAGGUGUAUCGUCGUCAGAUGAUUCGUCGAACAGGUUUAGUCAUACUUCACUUAAUGAAUUUCAUGUAUUUGUUUGUGCUGCUUUUUUAAUUAAAUGGAGCGAUAUGCUUUGUGAUAUGGAUUUCCAAGGUAUAAUUACAUUCCUUCAGAAUCCCCCUACCAAGGAUUGGACUGAAACAGAUAUAGAAAUGUUACUAAGUGAAGCAUAUAUUUGGCAAUCAUUAUACAAGGAUGCUACAUCACAUUGGUUAAAAUAG